AAUUUUGUUAAUGUCUAAUACUUUGUAAUUUUUUCUAUUGUGUAUUUCAAUUGUAAAUUAAUCCAAAUAUUUUGAUAACUCGCUAAUUUUUAUCCAUCUUUAAUUAUUUAAAUUGUGUCAAUCCCAUGAUCCGUAGGUUAUUAAUAAGGCUCGGUUCUAAUCUCAUCAUCUUUUCUCUCCUAAUUUAUUAUUUUGAUUUUAUGAUGAAGAUGUAUUUGAGGAUCAAAUUGAUAGAAUUUGUUAACUUUGUUGAAUUUGUUAAAAUUAGUACUAAAUUGAUAGAAUGUGCAAAUAUUAAGGAGCAAAUAUGUUAUUAACUUAUGAGUUCUGAUAAUUUACUAAUAGUGACCUUAUACCGUUUGGGCCACCGGUGAUGGACGUCCAUUCCUCCUACGAAUCUCCGCCGUAGCCGAAAUAACCAUAAACACCACCAUUUCCUCCCAACCUUCACUCUCUCCUUUCCUUUUUUUUUCCAAAUUCUUCUCCCACAUCUAUUCUGGUCGGGUCCCAAUCCCUUAAAAAUCAUUUGAUAUGCAUUUGUCUGUGAUAUGUAUCACGCUCUAGGCACGCCACGCCUACAAUACCGUGCUCAAAUCUCUUAGACUCGUUAAAGCCGGCCUCAUCAACCAAGCCAUCAAACUGUUCGACAAAAUGACGCAAUCAGACUGCCGCUUUUUUGGCGUCGACUAUAACCGCUUUAUUGGCGUCGACUAUAACCGCUUUAUUGGCGUACUUCGCAGUUCUCGUUUCGACUUAGCCGAACGCUACUACUUCCAGAUGUUCCCUCAGGGGGAAUUAGUAGGUAUUGGUGUUGAAUAGCCAUAUGGAUGGAUUUUUUUGGUCAAGGCUGCUGUUUGCCUAUUCUUGCCUCUAUUUUCCCUUCCCACAGACUCAGCAAAUAUAAAUCUCAGGUUUGAGCUGUUUGCUUUCUUGAAUAUACACUGUUGAAUUGUGUACUAGCAGGCAAUUUUUUACAUGUAAAAGGAUAACUGUUAGGAAAUAGGGUAUGCAGCCUACCAAUGGGGAAGGCCCCAAUAUUUGAAAGAUCAUCAGUAAUUUAUAGUGUAAGAGCAUGUUGUAGCAUCAAUAUGAGUGUAGGCUUUGGCCUUGGUACAAAUUUCUGUUUGAUACUCUCUUCUAUGGGCUCAUUUAACCAGCCAAUAUCUUUCUGUGUGCGCGUGUAUUGCCAUUGAAAAAUGUGUUAUGCUAGCCUUGAAAUUGGGCUGAAUGCUUCCAAAACCUUUUAGCUCAAAAUUAUAUGUUACAUCUCUCUGAAGUUGAUAAAUACUUUCUCUACAUGAGUCAAAUAACUAUAUCACAUAUCUAUGUUCCUCCUGGCCUUUUUUUUCCUCUUGGCUUCAGUUGGAAUCCAUGUCUUGCUCUGGUGGUUCUACAUAUUAACCAUUUGCUGUUUUCUUUCGAGGAUAUGGAUAAGUGGAGUAGGCUUCAUGUUUUAUGCAUAUCCACUGGGCCUUGGUCUGUUUUCAGAUACAUCAAGGAUUUGUCAGUUUUCAAUUGAAAUGAGAGCCUACAAAUGAGCUGACAAUUCUGAUAAGAACUAACAGAGGAGCAACGUCAGUAUCUACCAUCUACUUUGUUGCCGCGGCGAGAUCAUGCCCACCGUAUGCCGUCACGUGGUCGUCAUGCCCGACAGCCUCAGCCAAGACAAUCUCAGGAGGAACAUCCGCGGCCGCUUGGUCCAUCUCCGCCGCAACCACCUCAUGAAGGCCAACCUCACUUGCCAUUGCAUGUAUGGGUGCCACCAGUACAUCAUGAGGACCAAUCUCAACCUCAAUCUCAACCUCGUCAAGGCCAACAGCGGCAGCCGCUUGAAAUGUGGGUUCCGCCAACCUCAAAGACUCAAGUUCCAGCGCCAAAGAAAGAGAAAAGUCGGCCACGUAAGGAAGUUGGGAUGCAACCACAGCUUCAAGACCAACAUCCUGAAGCGUCAUUGGUAAGACCACAGCCGGAACACCAUCCUAGUCCAGUAACAAUGACACCACUGCACCAUGAUCGACAACCCCAAGAGCUACGCCCCCACUCUCGUCUUCCACAAGACCGUCGAACCAAACCACAUACAUGGUUUGGGGCAGUUUUCUGUAUAAUAUUUUGGCUAGUCAUUAUAAUAGGAGGCAUAAUCGUGCUUAUAGUCUAUCUCGUCUUUCGACCACGUAGCCCACAUUUUGAUGUGAUUAGCGUGACCUGGAAUGCAGCUUACCUGGACAUGGGUUACCUGCUGAAUGCUGAUCUUACAGUGCUGGCUAACUUCACAAAUCCAAACAAGAAAGUAAGCGUGGAUUUCAGUUACUUGUACCUGGAUCUUUACUUCGAGAAUACCCUGAUUGCCACCCAAUACAUAGAACCAUUCUCGGCAACAAGGGGUCAGUCCAUAUUUGCAAAUAUCCACAUGGUGAGCAGUCAGGUUAAGUUGUCGAUGAAAGAAAGCAUGCUGCUCCAAAAGCAGAUCCAGAACAACCGAGUCAUUUUUACAGUGAAGGGGAUGUUUCGAGCGCGAUCCAAUCUCGGAAGUUUCUUGAAAUAUUCGUAUUGGUUGCACGGUCAAUGUGGCAUAAUGCUGUCCAGCCCCCCAACUGGGGUCCUUCGAGAUAAAAAAUGCAAGACCAAACACUGACCGCAAUCAUUUGUUUCUAUUUAUUUUUAUUUUUUUUGUUCAAAACUCACUGUAAUAAUAUCUUGAAAUUAGAUUUUGUUCUUUCUUGAAACAAAGAACACUUUGAAGAAGCC